CCGCCCUGUCCGCCCUGGGGAGGGGCCAGAGGGCGUGGCCGGAAGUGGCCACCCCCACUUCCGCCUAAAAGGCCGUUGGGGGGUGCUGCCCUGAGAGGUGCGGCCUCUAUCUGAGGCAUCUUCACAGGUCUCUUCAGUUUGCAGAAUCCGCGCAGGUGGGACCAAGAGGUCCACACUCGGUUCCCGGGGCUGCCUGUCAGGUGCCUGCCCUGCCCGCUCUGCUGCCAGCCCUCUGCCGCCUGCAGUGGUCAUGCCUCGGGGACAGAAGAGCAAGCUCCGAGCUCGCAAGAAGCGCCAGCAGACCCGCAGUGUGGCCCAGGGUGCCAAGGCUGCCCAUGCCGUUGGGGAAGAGGAAGAAGAGUCUCCCUCCUCCUCUCCCGUUCGUGAGGGAACUCCCCCAAGCUCCCCUAGAUCCUGCGCUGCCCAGGGGGGUCUGAGAGGCCGAGCGUCUAGCUCUCCUGAGGCAGGGAGUUCUGAUGCCAGUUCGGAUGUAGAUGAGGGCUAUAGGGCAGGCUCUUCCCAGGUCUCCCUCAGAGAUCCUCUGAACAGGAAGGCGAGUAUGCUGGUGCAGUUCAUCAUGGAGAAGUAUAAAAAGCGAGAGCCCAUCGUGCAGGCAGACAUGCUGAAGGUAGUCAAGAGAAAGUAUAAGAAGCAUUUCCCCGAGAUCCUCAGGAGAACCUCUGAGCGUGUUGAGCUGAUCUUUGGCCUCGAGUUGGAGGAAGUCGACCCCAUUAGUCGCUCCUAUGUCCUUAUCAACAAGCUCAGCCUCUCCAGUGAGGAUGAGGUCAGUGGGGAAAGGGUGCUGCCCAAGACAGGGCUGGUGAUGACACUCUUGGCUGUGAUCUUUAUGAAGGGCAACCGUGCCACUGAGGCGGAGAUGUGGGAGUUCCUGAAUGCUCUGGGGAUCUAUGCUGGGAGGAGGCACUCAAUCUUUGGGGAGCCCCGGAAGCUCAUCACCGAAGAUCUGGUGCAGGAAAAUUACCUGGAGUACCGUCAGGUGCGCUUUAGGAGUCCUCCAGUCUAUGAAUUCGUGUGGGGUCCCAGAGCACAUGCUGAAACUACCAAGAUGAAAGUCCUGGAAGUUUUGGCCAAGAUCAAUGACACUGUCCCUCGCUGCUACCCUGAUCUCUAUGAGGAGGCUUUAAGAGAUGAGCAAGAGAGAGCAGAACUGCAAGCUGUAGCCAGGGCCUCCACGGUUGCCAGGUCCAGGGUGGGUUCUAGGGCCAAGUCCCGCAGGUCCUCCCACACCUAAUGAGGUCUGAGCAGCAUUUUUCACUUAGUGGGAAGAGGGUAGUCAAAGCUCUA